CUUGGAAAGAGCCCCAUGUUUUCAGUUCCUCAGUUUGUCAGCGUAUGCCCUGCCAUGCGGAUGUGCUCGCGGAUUGAUUUCGACUCGAACUCCGGCUCCGUUUUCGUGUUUUAACGUAAGUCCCGUUCGAGGGAAGUGGAAUUCGACUCCGUUUGUUCGGUUAUUUUUUGCGCGCUUUUCGAAAAAGUGAAAGAAAUAAAGAAAUUCAAAAAGCGGGGGAGGCAUAUAUGAUACAUAGCUAACGGUAUUUAUGUGCAAACAGCAAGAUAAAAAUGUGGCUGCUAGAAAAGUAAAGCCCGGUACUUUGCCAGAUAAAAGCCAACGCCAAUAAGUCCUAAAGACCACCAAAAAUUAAAUUUUGACACAAUAAUAUUUUGGCAACAACAAAUAGGAAAGUCGAAUUCAAACGGUUAAACAAAAUGAAAGCCUGCAAAUAACGAAAAUAAGCCUAAAACAAAAAUAAAGAGCAAAAGCAAACGCAAAUAAGAGAAUAGAGAGAAAUAUUUAUUAUUUGCUUAUAAGGCCAAACUAAAUAUUUGCCGCCGGCAAAUGUUUAAAAGGUGUUAAGUGUUUCGUGGGAGUGAAGUUUUUAAACAGGAAAAAUAAAUCAAAUAAAUAUUCAAUGGUGUAUAAGUGAGUGCAAGUAGAUGAGCAACAUGUGUGUGUUUUAAAGUGUUCAAAGAGAUCGAGAAAAAGCCCCAAAAGUUCUUUGACAGCGAUAUCGAAAAAUUCCAAAAUGUGGCGUCAGAUCCUGUUUAUUUUACCCACCCUGAUACAGGGGGUCCAGCGCUACGAUCUGAGCCCCCUCGAUGCGAGUCCGUACUAUCGCAGCGGCGGGGGACUAAUGGCCAGUUCUGGGACCGAACUGGAUGGACUGCCCCAUCACAAUCGCUGCGAACCCAUCACCAUAUCGAUCUGCAAGAACAUACCCUAUAACAUGACCAUUAUGCCGAAUCUUAUUGGCCAUACCAAGCAGGAGGAGGCGGGUCUGGAGGUCCAUCAGUUUGCUCCGCUCGUGAAGAUCGGCUGCAGUGAUGACCUCCAGUUAUUCCUCUGUUCCCUGUACGUUCCGGUCUGCACAAUUUUGGAGCGACCCAUUCCGCCCUGUCGAUCUCUGUGCGAAUCGGCGCGGGUAUGUGAAAAGUUGAUGAAAACCUACAACUUCAACUGGCCGGAAAAUCUGGAGUGCUCCAAGUUUCCCGUCCAUGGAGGCGAGGAUUUGUGCGUGGCGGAGAAUACCACAUCCUCGGCCUCCACGGCGGCCACGCCCACAAGAAGUGUGGCUAAGGUCACCACCCGUAAACACCAGACGGGCGUAGAAAGUCCGCACCGAAACAUCGGAUUCGUGUGCCCCGUGCAACUGAAAACGCCGCUGGGCAUGGGCUACGAACUAAAAGUUGGCGGAAAGGAUCUCCAUGACUGCGGAGCCCCAUGUCAUGCCAUGUUCUUCCCGGAGAGAGAAAGGACUGUUCUUCGAUACUGGGUUGGAUCCUGGGCAGCGGUCUGCGUUGCCAGCUGCUUGUUUACGGUGCUCACCUUCUUGAUUGACUCGUCGCGUUUUCGCUACCCGGAGAGGGCCAUCGUCUUCUUGGCCGUCUGCUACUUGGUAGUUGGAUGUGCCUACGUGGCGGGACUGGGGGCGGGCGACUCCGUGUCGUGCCGCGAACCAUUUCCGCCGCCCGUCAAACUCGGCCGCCUGCAGAUGAUGUCCACCAUCACCCAGGGCCACCGACAAACCACGUCCUGCACGGUUUUAUUCAUGGCACUCUACUUCUGCUGCAUGGCGGCCUUCGCGUGGUGGUCGUGUCUGGCAUUCGCCUGGUUUUUGGCCGCUGGCCUCAAAUGGGGCCACGAGGCGAUUGAGAACAAGUCGCACUUAUUCCACCUGGUUGCCUGGGCGGUGCCCGCCCUUCAGACCAUCUCCGUUCUGGCCCUGGCUAAAGUUGAAGGUGACAUCCUUUCUGGCGUUUGUUUCGUGGGUCAGCUGGACACGCACUCCCUGGGCGCUUUCCUGAUCCUUCCACUCUGCAUUUAUCUUUCGAUCGGAGCACUAUUCCUGCUGGCCGGAUUUAUUUCGCUUUUCCGAAUCCGGACAGUCAUGAAAACGGACGGAAAGAGGACAGACAAACUGGAGCGCCUGAUGUUGCGAAUAGGUUUCUUCUCUGGACUUUUCAUCCUGCCCGCCGUGGGAUUACUGGGCUGCUUGUUCUACGAGUACUACAACUUUGACGAGUGGAUGAUCCAAUGGCACAGGGACAUCUGCAAGCCCUUCUCAAUCCCGUGCCCGGCAGCCAGGGCGCCGGGAUCUCCAGAAGCCCGCCCCAUCUUUCAGAUCUUUAUGGUCAAGUACCUUUGCUCCAUGCUGGUGGGGGUCACUUCCAGCGUUUGGCUGUAUUCCAGCAAGACGAUGGUCAGCUGGCGGAACUUCGUGGAGAGGUUGCAGGGCAAGGAGCCCCGGACCCGGGCGCAGGCGUACGUCUAGUAUGAGACGGGUCCGGCGGGCGGGGCCAAGUCCACGCCCCUUACUCCCGAUCCGGAGGCGGCCAACGAGAGUUACUUAGAGUUUAGCACAUAGACGUUCCCUAUGCCCAAAACAAAAAAAAUAACACGCAGUCGUAGUUCUUAGUGGCUUUGUAUAAAGUUCAUCAUCUGCAUAUGUCCCCGAAAAUCCAUGAAAAGAGAAAAUCAAAAGUUGACCCUAGGCUAUUGUUUGAAUUAAAAGUACAUUAGUUGAUACGAAAGCAAGCUUGUUGAACCAAAACUACGCGUAUAAGUUGAGACUCUAGCUCUAAGUCGAGUUGUAUUUUGUAGGAUUUCAUUGCUAUCGCGGUAUACGAACCUGUAGCACCUAUGAUAUUUCAUUUUUGACGCAAGUUUUAAGUUAGGUUCCGAUUUUUUGAAAGCUUUAAAUGUGCCCUACAAUUAAUGAGAAUGUAGCUAUAAAUAGAGUAUUACGAUAACGGUAUGAACGUCAGGCAUUAAAUGGAUGUGAGCCCCGGCUGCUCUGCAGUAGAUUUUAUAAGCCAAGGCUUCAGAUUUCAUUUAUUAGUCACAGAAGAAAUUAUUUUCCACCCAAACAUAAUAAUUAUGCAUAUAGAGCACACAAUCCGUACAUAUAACCAUGCAGUUUGGUGCUCACAUCUAUGCUUCAUCUAUGUAUAAACAAAAAGGAAACCAUAAACUAUAUAAAUGUAUUAUGUAGCAAUAAAUGUCCUCCAUGUGCUAAACUUACUGCAAAUAUGAUUAUUAUAAUUUUAACUAUAACUCUAACUGUAUUUGUAAUUCUAACUGUAAUUGUAUAUUUGUUGAACUAAUUAAUUCUAAACGCGUAAUGGAAUAAUUUUUAAUUCAAUUUUUAAAUGACGUUGUAGUCAUAGCACUUAAGCGAACAAACAAACAAAACACGCAAAAAUUUUGUUGCCACUUUAUGGAAAUUUUUCCCUUCACCCCAACUAAAUAAGAGUUGAAACUGCCAUUUAAAUAUUUGUAGACACAUGAAAAAUCACCGAAUGGAAGAUGUUUGCCAACUGUUGAGCAUUUGUUUUCUGCGCAUUUAAUUGAGUCCUCAAUUUAAAUUGGCACUAGUAAUACGUGAAAUUAUGUCCAAGCCAGAUUUGUGUAGCAUUUAAGCUGAUGGAAAUGCAUAUUAAUUAUAGCAAUUAUCGAUAGUCGGUGUAACAUAGCGAAUGCCCAGCGGCAAGCGAACAAUUAUAAGUGUAUAAAACAAAUAAAAACAUGCAGAACAUCAUUGAAGCAUUCAAUGGCAAACACAAACGGAAAAUGCAAAAAUAAAACUUUAUUUUAUUGUUAAAGACUGAAA